UGCAUAAAUAUACACUGAAAAUAAAAUAAUAUUUACCAAACACAGUAAAUAAUCCAUUCGAAUAAAUUAAUAAGAAUAAAUAGAGUGAAAAAUUUUAAUUGAAGAUUAAAACUAAGUAUGAUUCGUUAUCCAUUACACAUCUGUUUGAUUAUAUGUUGUACAUAUUUAUUAUGUGUCCAAGCGGAAAGUUGCGGGCAAAAUGAAUCUUUUGAUCAAUGCGGAAGAAUUUGCGAACCUAGUUGCAAUUAUCGACGACCAAUUUGUGAUGUGGUAUGCGAAGGUGAAGGUGGCUGUAGAUGCAAUCGCAGAACUUAUAGAAACUCAGAUACCGAUUCAUGUGUGCCAGCAAGUGACUGCCCGAAAAGUUAAAAAAAAAAAUGACAUUGAAUACUAAGUAAAUAUGUCAAUAUGAUUGUUGAUUAAAUGAUAAAUUUAAUUCAAUAAAAAUAAAUAAAACUAUAA